AUUGGAUUUUCGGAACUUUCCCCUUGACUGAUGGGCAAACAGCCUAUGUACUCUGUCCUUUCCGCAGGCCGUCGACCGUUUGGCGAGGUUAUUUCCCCUCAUCGCUCGACAUCGUGAUGAGCACUUUUGUAUGCGUUUCGUAGCUUCGCACUUCACGUAGGUUCGCAGACUCCUAGGUCGUCCGCCACGCUCGCUUGACAAUGACGUUCUUUCUCCUGGCCAUUGCAUAUUUCGCAGCGCUUGCCUGCAGCGCUCCUGCCUCCAAGUUUACCUUUUACAACGUCGAGACCCCUUUGGCCGGACCUUGCGACCUCUGGAAUGGACCAGAUGGCGCGAUCUGGGUCGAUACCCUGCUUGCCAACAAGAUUGUGAGGGUGGACCCAUCCUCUGGCGCCGUAACGGAGUACAGCAUCCCGUACAAGUCAGGCUUGCUUCCCACCUCGGUGCUGCCCUCCAGCACGCAAGGUCGUGUUGCUCUGGCUUGCGUUGUCCAACCCGGAUAUGACGGUAAGAUGUAUCUCGCAACUGGUAUCCGCGACCAGAUUGCACGGAUCAACGUCGAAACCAAGGAGGUCGAGGUCUUUGGCUACGUAAACCUCGCUGGAAACUUGGAGCCUCUCAACGAUGCAUGGCCGGUUGAAGAAGGCAUGUUCUUCUCUCAGACGAGUGGCAAUGUGAUUACCCUUUUCAACUACAACACCACCGAAUUCAAGGACUAUCCCCUUCCUAUUCCCCUCUCCGGCCCUGUUGGAAUGAGGACCGGCUCCGACGGCGGUUUGUGGUUCUGCGAGUUCCUCGGUAACAGGAUUGGACGUCUGAACUAUACAGACGGAACCAUCAAGGAAUAUCCUGUCCCGCCAACUCUUCUUGGACCGGGAGUUAUGCGCGUCGAAACGGAAGGCCGCUACCUGUGGUUCACGGCCCUAGAGGCCAGCGCUCUCGGGCGCAUCGACAUCUACACCGGUGAAAUCACUGCAUACACGAUCACGAACGGCGCACUCUUCCCCGUGGAAGACACAGAGGACAGCAAGGGCAAUGUUUGGUUUACUUCCAUUAACGACAAUGCCCUCAACUAUCUGACCCCAUCUACCGGCAAAUUCACCUCCAUUCAAACGCCAGGCACUCUGGUCUCUCUUCCCCUCAGCCUUCCGCCUCACGCCGAUAUUGCCAUUCACUACGUCCAAGCAGAUAAUUCGAUUUGGUUUACGGAGCUGUCAGAGAACAGGAUUGGACGCUACAGUCUGUCUUGACGAUGGAAACAAUUGCUUACGCAUUACCUCAGACUGUCUUGAAUGGUUUGAUUUGAUUGCUUACAGCUGAUUGAUUCCUUCGAGCUGGUCUUCGAUUUGAUAGCCACUGAUAGUGUGCAGAUAGCAGAAAAAUCAGUUUCAUGCCAUUCAAUCUUCUUGACGAUCUUCCACCCGGUAUUGCUCG